UUGCGAAUACAGUACUUUUCUCGUUGCAUGAUUUUCACAGAAAUUUUAGAAAUGUUUCCAUUGCGGUGUACUGUCAAAAAUAGAAGGUUAGGGCAGUUCUAACAACAGUGUUUGACGUGUCAGUGCAAUUGCAAAUGGCGGGCACCAAUGGUGACAUUUUCUCAAUAGGAAAGAAAAUCGAGAAAUUGACGAUAUCAGGAGAGGAAUCAACGAAAAACGAGGAUGAUAGCGAAAAUGGAAAGAAGCUGGUACCUCGACUAUGGGGUUUCGAAACUAAAGAAUUAUAUAAAAUUGCAGUUAAUUUCUACAAAGAGAAGGAGGGUAAAGCUGUCCAUUUGUCUUAUGAAGACAAAUUAAAACUAGUAGCUUUUACUCAGCAAGUAACACAUGGGAAAUGUACUGCAGAAAAUGCACCACCUUUAGGUGUGUUGGAUGUAAUUGGAAAGGAUAGACGCUUGGCAUGGCAAAAUCUAGGAGAUAUAUCUAAGGAACAAGCAAUGGAAGGAUUUAUAAUUUUGUUAGAUAAAUUAUGCCCAUUAUUUAGAACAGUUGUAGAAGCACAAAAAAGAGAUAUUGAGGAGAAAUUACGACUGAAAAAAGAGGAAGAAGCAAAGAAAUUAGAAGAAGAAAGAAGAUUACAAGAAUUAAAUGAGCAAAAAAAGAAAGAGGAAGAAGCUAGAUUAAAGGAAGAAAUUCAGAGGAGACAAAUUCAAGAUGCCUUAAAUCAACAAACGUAUUAUCAAUUUAAAAUGUAUGCAGAACAACAAUAUCCUGGAAAUCCAGAGCAACAAGGUGUACUAAUAAGGCAGUUACAAGAACAACAUUAUCAUCAAUAUAUGCAACAAUUGCGUCAAAACCAGUUACUCAUAGAAGAUCAAACCCCAGAAAUGACCACUGCCACUAUAGAAAAUGCUGAUAAGGAAGAACAGAAAGAAACAAGCGAAACAACUCAAUUAAAUGAGGAAGAUUCUGAUGACUUGCAAGAUUAUCCACCUAUAGCUCCACCAGAAAUGUGGACUAGAGGGGGUGUAGAAGAAUUUAAAAAUACUAUUAGGAGAGAAGAUAGCGAUGCAGUUAUUAAGGUUGGACAUGGAGAAACAGUAACAGUUAGAGUACCAACACAUGAAGAUGGCUCUUAUUUGUUUUGGGAAUUUGCAACAGAUAACUAUGACAUUGGUUUUGGAGUGUUCUUUGAGUGGUCAAAACCGGAAACCAAUCAAGUAUCAGUACAUAUUAGCGAGUCUGAGGAUGAGGAUGAGGAGGAUGAUGAUUAUGAAACAAGAGAUGAUUUAGAAAGUGGAAUAGCAAAUGGUUCGAUUCCAUCUGAUUAUAAACCAUCGCCACCACCUACAAGUAUGGUAGUACCUACUUUUAGGAGAGAUUCGCAAGAUGAAAUCUAUGCGGGAAGUCAUAGAUAUCCAGGACAGGGUGUAUAUCUUCUUAAAUUUGAUAAUUCAUAUUCACUUUGGCGAAGUAAAACGCUUUAUUAUCGAGUCUAUUAUACACAAAGUGGUUAUGUGCAAAAUUAGCUUUAUUAAGAAAAGAAAAGCCACUGCAAUUCACUGAUCGUACAAUUGUUGAGAACUAGCCUGAUAUGAUGUUUUGCCGAUAUUGCUAGUCCGACUAAAUGAAGAGUCCUAUCUAUUAUUUCUGUUCACAAAACCAAGUGUUUGCAAAACGAAACAAAUAUACAUUAUUAUAGUUAUGUAAAGACACUUUAUUGUUUAAUGUGGCAAGCAAAAUGGGCACAAGUAUAAAAGAAAGGUUCCUAUUCCCUUUCCUGUUGAUGUUUGUAAAAAUGAGGAAAAAAAAAAAAAACGAAAUGUA